CCGCUCGGAGCUCGCUGUCAGUGCUGGAUGGAGCCGCGGCUGGACCGGAGCCGGACGGGCUGCUGACCGGAUUUAAGCGCGUGCAGAAGAGAGAAGCCCAGCCGGGAGAGAUGGAGCUGCUCGGGCUGGGGGGCGUAAGGCAGCUCGCGGAGGGUCUGGCCGGCCUGCCCAUGUUCCCGUACUUCGAUACGGCGCACUACAUCGUGUCUGUGAUGGCCUUACGAGAGCAGCCAGGAGCGCUGGAGGUAUCUCGGAGGAGCCCGUUUGCCUGCUGGUUCAGCUCCAUGCUGUACUGCUUCGGAGGAGCCAUACUGUCCGGCAUCAUCCUGGCGGAGGCCCCAGUCGCUCCACUGGCCAACAGCACCAACGUCCUGCUUGCCUCGCUCAUGUGGUAUUUAGUGUUUUACUGCCCGCUGGACGCCGUGUACUCUUGCGCUGCGGUUCUGCCGGUGCGGCUGGUUCUGACGGGGAUGAAGGAAGUGACGCGUACCUGGAAGGUUCUGAGCGGCGUCGCCCAGGCCAGAAAGAAGUAUGAAGAUGGGCUGUUUGUCAUGAUCGCUGUGGGCUGGGCUAAAGGUGCUGGUGGUGGUCUCAUCAGUAAUUUUGAGCAGCUGGUUCGAGGAAUCUGGAAACCGGAGACCAACGAGCUGCUGAAGAUGUCCUACCCAACCAAGGUGACUCUGAUAGGGGCGGUGCUGUUCUCAUUGCAGCAGUGCCGUUACCUGCCCCUGCAGACCCCUGAUCUCAUGCUCAUCUACACUGUCUUCAUCGUCGUCAACAAGACGAGGAUGAUGCUGAUGGGUUCCUCUUCAUCCCCAUUCGAUUCGGUGGAGUCGGCCCUUUUCCAGACUCUAUUCGCUCGCCCACUGACCUACUCUCCCCUGACCAAUCAGGGCCAAUCUCUGACCAAGACCCCCUCCUGUCCGGCCAAGCCAGACAUCAAGGAGGCGUCAGGUUCAGGUGUCCCGAACGGUUCACCCCAAUCCGAGGAUCCACCGGACCGUCGCGAGUCCGAGAGCUCCAAAAAGACCAACUAGUGCCUCCCUUUCUUUCCACCCCCCUCCCCUUCCCCCAGACUUUCUCUCUCACUGUGAUUCUCUCUCUGACACUUUCAGCAUGCGGAGUUAAAGCGAUAGAGCGACUCCUUUAUGUAGCUUUGCACUCUCCUACAGUGGCUUCCAAAAGUAUUCAUACACCUUGAAAUUUUUUCUUAUUUUUUUUUACAUCACAACCACAAACGUAAAUACAUUUCAUUGGAAUUUAACAAAAGUAUUCAGCCCCCUUUUCUCUGAGUGCAACCAAUUGCAUUCAGAAGUUGCCUGAUGACUGCUAAUGACUAGAACGAGUCCACCUGUGUGUAAUCUAAUCUCAGUACAAAUAGAGAUGCUCAGAGGUUAGUUAAGAGAAUAUUGGGGAGUAAACAGCAUCAUGAAGUCUAAAGAACACUCCAGACAGGUCACGAAUAAGGUUGUGGAAGAGAUUAAAGCAGGCUUAGGCUAUAAAAAAAGAUUUUUGAAGUUUAAAUAUCUCACUGAUCACUGUUCAGUCCAUUAAAUGGAAAUGGAAAGAGUAUGGCACAACUGUAAACCUACCAAGACAAGACCGUCCACCUAAACUUACAGGCGGAACAAGGAGAGCACUGAUGAGAGCAGAUAUGCUGCCAAAAAGCCCAUGGUGUCUCUGGACGAAAUGCAGAGAUCCACAGCUCAGGUGGGGGAAUCUGUCCACAGGACAACUAUUAAUCGUGCACUGCACAAAUGUGGUCUUUAUGGAAGAGUUAAAAGAGUACAAUAAAAAGUCCUGUUUGCAGUUUAUCAGAAGCCAUGUUGGGGACACAGCUAACAUGUGGAACAAGAUGCUUUAAUCAGAUGAGACCAAAUUUAACUUUUUGCCAAAAUACAAAAACCCUAUGUGUGGCGGAGAAUUAAAACACUGCACAUCACUCUGAGCACACCAUCCCCACUGUCAAACAUGGUGGUGGCAGCAUCAUGCUCUGAGGCUGUUUCUCUCCAGCAGAGACAGGAAAGUUGGUCAGAGUUGAUGGGAAGAUGGAUGGAGCCAAAUACAGGGCAAUCCUGGAAAAAAACCUGUUGGAAUCUGCGAAAGACUUGAGACUGGAGCAGAGGUUCACCUUCCAGCAGGACAACGACCCUAAACAUAAAGCCAGGGCUUCAAUGGAAUGGUUUAAAAAAAAUAUAUAUUCAUGUAUUAGAAUGGCCCAGUCAAAUUGCAGACCUAAACCCAAUCAAGAACUUGGCAAGAUAUGAAAAUUGCUGUUUUCUCAAACGCUCUCCAUCUAAUCUGACUAAACUUGAGCUGUUUUGCAAAGAAGAAUGCAGCUGUAAUUGCAGCAAAAGGUGGUUCCACAAAGUAUUGACUAAAGAGGGCUGAAUACUUUUCACCGCACUUUUCAGUUUUUGUUUAUAAAAGAUGAUUUUUUUUAAAAUCAUGCUUAAUUUUCUUUGUAUACCACUUUGUGUAGGUCUUGCACAUUAAAUUCCAAUGAAAUAUACUGUAUGUUUUUCUGUGGUUGUAAGGUGACAAAAUAUGGAAACGUUCAAGGGGUAUGAAAACUUUUGCAAGCCACUGUAUCAUCCUCCUCAGGAGGUUUUAAUCUGUACAUUUGGGUUGGAUCUGUAUAUAUUUCCUAUUCUGAGAUGAUUCUGAUUUUAUCUAAGACAAAUCUGUAGCUGUGAUUAUAUUUUAUAUUAUUUAUUUUUAAAGAAAAUCACUUAAUACUGUAAUGAUUUGAAGAACUAUAUUUGCUGUAUUUCACUAUAUUUCCAAUAUGAAUGAAAUGGAAUUAAAUUAAAACUGGUGUAAAAAAA